UCAUAUAUUAAAAAUAACCGACCUGCCCUAGAGUGUCGCCUAUGUAUAAAGGAGUGGUGUUGAAAGGUAUGUUAUCCAUAGCUUCAGAUGAUGUUUCUUGCCUUGCUGUAAUGAGUUUCUAGUACCCGUAAAGCCGCACUUCCGCAUUAUUCAAAAGACGACGCAUGUACCUUCCCCUGGCUCCUUAGCGUGUACUUCCGAGGAAACCUUCUCCUUCUCUCAUAAAAGAUGUAGGGGGAAGAAAUAGGGGAAAUGGCAAUGGACAUCGUAAUAGAACUUAACCUAGCAGGUGACUGAUUAACCUCCCAAAGCACCCAAAUCAACCUUUUAUUCUUCGACAUUAUGCACUUUUAGAAAUGUGAGCUAUAGACACACAGGUUUCAUCAAUUCGAAUUCGGCGUACUAUCAUCAUCUUAAGAGUUUAUUAUCAAACACAGUCUAUAGCUAGCUGCAUUGAUACUUUAUUCUAUAACACCUUCACGAUGAAACUGGCUGGCUUCCUACAAAGUUACGUAGCAUCGGCUUUAAUAGCUUCCCUACCUAUCGCCGGGGCUGCUAUAGAUAAAUGCGACGGAGUCUUGGUCUCGGAAACACUUCCUGUCCUUAUAAACUCGACUGCCCUCCACGAACAUUUACAGGCAUUGCAAGAGAUCGCAGACGUACACCAUGGGAGCAGGAUAACUGGCUCCGCUGGCCAUAACCAAACUAUACAGUAUAUUCAAGAUCACUUGAAGUCUCGGGGUUACUACGUGGAGGUUCAGCCCUUCCAUGAUUUGAUACAGAUCAACAGCAAAGCUACCUUGUGGGCGAACGGUGAAGCUUUCGAUGUUGAGCCGAUGGGAUGGUCUCCCGAAUGCGCUUUUACUGAACGCCCUCUCGUAGCCGUUAAUGGCGUAGGGUGUAAAGCUACUGACUACCCACAAGAGGCUUUAGAUUCGGUUGUAAUGGUUGGUUCGGGCGGAUGUUCCCUCUCUGACAAGUCGAUAGCCGCGGGUGAAGCUGGAGCCAUAGGCCUCUUAAUGUAUGAGUUCACGCAGCUCACUCCAAGCUUAGGCGGGCUUAACGAUCGUCAUAUCCCAUCGGCGAAAAUAGCUUACAGGGAUGCUGAGCGCAUUCUGGCACAUAGACUUCCCCUGUCCGUCAACAUUUUCGACAUUUAUAUGCAGUACAAGGAGGUCUCUAGGUUUGUACCGCUCGACUAG